UUUGUACAUCCGGCCUGUAAUACUGGGCCCUGUGUAUAUACUGUCAGGAACAGAUUAACCUCAUACAUACUGCUAUAAUUCUAAUGUACACCAGUCAAAGUGGAUUUUCUUGCUGCAGCAUAAACAACGAAAGGAAAUAUUUUUUCUACCUAAGGAACAGGCCGUCCAUUCAGUGAGUUUUGUAGUGCCUAAAAUUGCCCUGAGCUGCCUCCCCAGGGUCCCAGAGCUGUAUGGACUGCUACAGAUAGGGAAAGUGAUGGCAGACUGAGAAAGUUGCACUGUGUGUGGAGGAGAUUAAAUUUCACCCCUAGGCUUGGCUAAAGAAUUUGGCACUUGCAUUACUGAGUACAUUCUGUGUAAGUUUCCUCCUCCAUGUUAGUUGGAGAGGAAGUUUUUGUGUAAGUUAACAGAUGUGGAAGGGAUACAUUUUGUGAUGGCGAUGAUGAGUUUAGUCUACAGAGGAGUAUUACUGAGUUCUCGGGAUUAAUUGUGUUGUGUAUUUUGUUGUGUGAUCUGUGUUGUGGCUCAGACUCCAGUGGGCCUUUUUUUUUGCCUUCUGUCUGCCAGCAAAAUACCCCACUUCCUGUGAUUCGAAUUGGAAUUUAUCAGUACUAAAACAUCUGUGUGCAAUAUUUCGACUGGAGGUUGUGGAAAUAUAUAUCAAUUAAGUGUUGUUAAAAGUUGCAUCAAGUCUUCAUUGGACAACCUGAUUUAACCCACAUGGCAUCUACAACAGCAACAAACCCCGCCCCUGCACCUGCUUCUACUGGCACAAGGGGCCCCGCCCCACCUCUCCCUGAAAAACCUCCCUCUGUCGCAGAACGAACACGCCUUCUACGAUCAAGUUUCCGAAAGGAAGAAGCAGAAAAACCAAAGGUGGUAGACAAUCGAGCGAGUCCCUUAUCUGAACGAAGCACCACACUACCACCAUCUAAUAGUAACGGCACCACAAACGGUGACAAAUCUGAGUCACCAUCUCCUGCAAGCAGCGUGAGCUCCAUGACCGGGGUGGGUCGAUACACCAGCGACAAACCUACACCCGCCCCUGUUCAGAUGGAAAACAAGGAGAUUCACCCUCCAGUUAUUAAUGCUGCCAAGCGAGAAGCCUUCUUUAAAGGUGGUGAUAACUCAGCACAACUGCCAAAGUUUGAUCCCAGUUCUCGUUUUGGAGUAGAUCGUGAAAGAAUCCAAGAACCUCCACGCAAGGAAAUAGACCACGGCAAAGACAAGGAAAAGGAUAAAAAGUAUGGGGAUGGUACGAAAGAGUUGGAUGGUUACGUUGGAUUCGCCAGUUUACCAAACCAGGUGUACAGGAAGUCUGUCAAGAAGGGGUUUGAGUUCACCUUGAUGGUUGUGGGUGAAUCUGGAUUAGGAAAAUCGACCCUGAUCAACUCCUUGUUCCUUUCUGACCUUUACAGUGGGGAUUAUCCUGGCCCAUCCCAUCGGAUACAGAAAACAGUGAAGGUUGAGACAACAAAAACAGUUCUGAAGGAAAAUGGGGUACAAUUACAACUGACGGUUGUGGACACACCAGGAUUUGGGGAUGCAGUAGACAAUAGUAACUGUUGGCAACCAGUUAUUGACUUCAUUGACAGCAAAUAUGAUGAUUACCUCAAUUCCGAGUCGCGAGUUAGCCGGAUCACAAUGCCAGAUUACAGAGUUCACACGUGUCUGUACUUCAUCGCCCCGACAGGGCAUGGGUUAAAACCGUUAGAUGUAGAAUUUAUGAAAAGACUUCAUGACAAAGUGAACAUCAUCCCUUUAAUCGCCAAGGCUGAUACACUCACACCAGACGAAUGCAGGGAGUUCAAGAAGACUAUUUUAAAUGAAAUUGCUCGUCAUAAGAUCCGUAUAUAUGAGUUUCCAGAAUGUGAUGAAGAUGAGGACAGUAAAAUACAGAAAAAAUUAAGGGAUCGUGUGCCGUUUGCAGUGGUGGGAAGCAACAGAGUAAUAGAAGCUGGAGGGAAGAGGGUACGAGGCCGACAGUACCCCUGGGGUCUCGUCGAGGUCGAAAAUUUGGAACACAACGAUUUCAUUGCCCUGAGGAAUAUGCUCAUCAGAACACACAUGCAAGACCUGAAGGAUGUCACAAAUAACGUGCAUUAUGAGAACUAUCGCUACAGCAAACUAGCCCCCUCAACUGGAGACAGCAAGCAAAUCAAGCCAGGCUCAAUGUCAAAAGACCCAUUAUCACAGAUGGCAGAGGAGAAGCGUGAACAUGACAACAAGAUGAAGAAGAUGGAGGCAGAAAUGGAGCAGGUAUUUGAAAUGAAAGUCAAGGAGAAGAAACAGAAACUCAAAGACUCCGAAGCAGACUUACAAAGACGGGCAGAGCAGAUGAAGAAGUCCCUAGAACAACAGCAGAAGGAACUGGAUGAGAGAUGGAAGCAAUUUGAAAAGGAAAAAACCACUUGGGAGGAUUCUGUGGGCCUAACUGGGAAGGGAUCCUCUGAGAAUAUAUCAGUGAAAAAAGACAAGAAAAGGUUAUUCUAAGUGAAGAAACAGCAUUGAAGAUACCUUUACUCUGAUGGUACAGUUUGGACCAAUACCAUCUGACUUAUAUGAAGGCUAGAAAGAUUAAAUACUGCACAGGUUUCAGGAUUCCAGUGUCCAGUACGUGUACAGACAAUAAAUAGGUUAGCUGUUUGAGAAAAAAUGGACUUCAAGAAUAUUGGCCAACACCAAUCUGACAAUAGGCUGACAGUGAAGUGUGAAAAAUUUGCUCACAGUACAGUACCAGGUCACAACAGGACAUGUAUAUACGUCCUGAUAGUCCACACGUCAGAAGGUCACAACAGGACAUGUAUAAACGUCCCGAUAGUCCACACGUCAAGAAGAUUUCGGUUUUGUUUGAAACUUCUCAUUGGUUGCCUGGCAGCUUCAUGCCCCAAGGGUUAAUUGACCUUUGACCUAUACAAGUGGACUUGAGUGUUAUUUAGCCGUACAUUAAUGGACUCAUUGUUUAUGUAUUGUGUAAAACAAUUUGUCAACUUUUAUAUGAUAGAUUGUCAGAUCUGUUUUGACUGUUUUAAUCUUCAGAACUGCUGUCAUAAGAAAGAAAACUGCCAUAAUACCACCAGACACCCUGGGAGACCAUGUAUUUGAACAUGUGAUAUGUGUAACAAUUGUUACGGCCCUCAAAUCUGGGCACUGAAGGUAGUGAGACAUGAGCAAUAAACAGCAUAUACUUGCCCUGGGGACCAGACAAAUAAGGCGUCUAUGCUUGCCCUAGGGACCAGACAAAUAAGGCGUCUAUACUUGCCCUAGGGACCAGACAACUAAGGCAUCUAUACUUGCCCUAGGGACCAGACAACUAAGGCGUCUAUACUUGCCCUAGGGACCAGACAACUAAGGCGUCUAUGCUUGCCCUAGGGACCAGACAACUAAGGCGUCUAUGCUUGCCCUAGGGACCAGACAACUAAGGCGUCUAUGCUUGCCCUAGGGACCAGACAACUAAGGCGUCUAUGCUUGCCCUAGGGACCAGACAACUAAGGCGUCUAUGCUUACUCUAGGGACCAGUCAACUAAGGCGUCUAUGCUUACUCUAGAGACUUAGUGUUGUGUGUGGUGUCCGUGCUGGCCCGGGGAUCAAUUCAACACUUAGAACAAAGAUAAUUGUGGUGCUCUACCUACUACAACCUGUACUUGUUGAUGUCACAAGUCAGAACAUUGUUUAAAUAUCAUUAUUCAAGUCUGUAUGUUCCCUAGAUGCACUAUUUUGUGGUAUUUUCUCCUUUAGACUGGGAUGUAUAGUGGUGUUCUAUGUCGAUGACCCCUAGGGUAAAUGUCUUUUUCUAUGCAGUUUUUGUGACCUAACCAGCAAACUAUUCAGUAAAACUGCUUCCAAGAUUCUGUAAUGUAAAAUCACUGUUUUGCCAAAAUAGCUUCUUUAAACACCUUUGUGUACCUUUUUAGACAAUGUACAUAUGUUGCAGUCCUUCACAGUUUUAAUAACCGAAAGUUUUUCAUAGAAAAUAAACCUGUCGGCUGAUAAACACUUGUUAUUUUAUACAAAAGAGUGUCAUAGAUUAGCUGUAAGUUGUUGUAAUGCUUUAUAGAUAUAUUCUUGCCAAUGAUCCUAUAACCAUUAUCUUAUGAAUAUGGAUCGUCAUCCCCAGGGUGUUGCUGCAGUUAACAUUUUAACAUGCUACAAUCAUCAUGACAAAAUGAUUAGGUGCAUGGCAUUUACCUAUGUUGAGCAGAAUUUAAUCUUGUUCUCUUUCUUACUGGCUGUUGUGUUUCCCCCAAAACUACUUUAUUUUAAUGAAUAAGAUAAAUCACGUUCAAACUCUAUAUAUCAGUAGUUUUAAUGAAUAAGAUAAAUCACGUUCAAACUCUAUAUAUCAGUAGUUUUAAUGAAUAAGAUAAAUCACGUUCAAACUCUAUAUAUCAGUAGUUUUAAUGAAUAAGAUAAAUCACGUUCAAACUCUAUAUAUCAGUAGUUUUAAUGAAUAAGAUCAAUCACUUUCAAACUCUAUAUAUCAGUAGUUUUAAUGAAUAAGAUAAACCACGCUCAAACUCUAUAUAUCAGUAGUUUUAAUGAAUAAGAUAAAUCAUGUUCAAACACUAUAUAUCAGUAGUUUUAAUGAAUAAGAUCAAUCAUGUUCAAACACUAUAUAUCAGUACAUACAUAAAGGAGAGACAGGUUCCACAUGUUUUUAAAAAAAUGAAGAUUUGAUGUUUAAUGUUAAGUGUGACUUUUUUUUAUUGGAGGUAAACAUGACAAACAACAGUCACAAGUUGUUAACCUCUUCUGACUUUUUCAAAUCAACGUCAUUGUUAUAGAAACAAUAAAUAAACAUCAAUUACAUACAAACAAAAUUUGGGGGAGAUUUCUACAUCGGGAAUAAAGGAGCCCCACAGGACCAGUGGGUGUAGAUCUUCAGUGUUUGUAAUUGUUAGGAUUGUUGGAUGUAUUUUAACUGUUUAAACAACACUAAUAUUUAACAUCAGACAGUUAUGAUAACAGAAUAUUUAUAGGAUGAGAAACAGCUUUAAUCAUCAACAACCAUGGGGGAAACAUAAUGUAAAAAUCUCACUUCAAACUUUACAGAGAAGGCUACAUUAAUCAAUCUGAUAAACUCUUUCUUUUUAAUAUUUGUUAGAUAUAUUUAAAAGUCAUACUGCAUAUUAAAUAUUUUUAUGCCAGAACUCUUUAAUAUAUAUAUAUAUAUAUGUAUUACCUUAAAGCAUAAUCAGCCAGACAACUAUAUAUUACAAAGAUAUAGGGUCCAAUAGUGUCGUCACAUUCAACCAUUUGAAUUGUCAUGGAUCACUAUAUAUUGGCAUAGGCGUACAUGUACACCAUUUUUAUUUAUGAUUGUAAUAUUAAUUUGUAAAAGUAUUAUUAGUAGUAAGUGUCCUCUGUAAACAAUGUAUGUGUGUAGGCCUUAUUGUUAUUUUUGUCUUUGUUUGAUGGUUGUUUCUGUGGUAAUGUAGUCCGAUUUUAUACGCAGUUUUUAACAAUUAACACAUUUGUUUCUCAUGCCAUCGUCAAUAUAAACAUGUAUUAAUGCAUUUAUUUUUGUUUUCAUAAACUUUCUUGCAAUAAUUUUCAUGUGAUCUAAUGCAAUUCCUCUGAUUUCUUCAGUGAUUUAAAUCUUCCAAUCAGGGACUUUUGUAAUUUAAAGGAAUUCAUAUUGUUUUGUGAAAUAAAAGACAUUGUUACCAGUUACACAUAAUGCAUCAAAUGCGAUAGUUGAGUGGGUAAGAAGUCCAUGUAGACAAAUCAAAAGUUCAUACCACAUCUAGUCAAAAAUCAUUGUCAUUUUAAAUCAAACAUUCAAAUUUUAGCACUUUUCAUUCCGUGAGCUAGGUGACUGUGUUUGGGUGGUAAUUCUGUUAAAAUAUAGACUAUUCCUAUACAUAUUGGCUUUAUUUUUUUCUGUGUUAAUAGUUUAACAUAUAAAAGUAGUAAACUUAAUUCAAAAAGUAAAUAGCUGAUAGAACAUGGUCUCAUUACUUCUGUCAGGGUCAGUAUGAACCCUUAAAAGUGCCUGAGAGAGUAAAGGGAUCUGUUCUCAUUGGGGAUAAAUGUCCACAUUGACUUUCUGUUGGGGUUGAGGACGUAGCUCUGCUUAUAGACAUUCUACUAAGUCACUCGUAUAUUGUUAUCCAUGUAUUUCUCUUAAAAUUGCAUUGGUAUUCACUGGCAUGGAGACAAAAUAAAUAUAAAUGCUACUAUA